GCUUCGCUGAGUCGCACUCCAAAUCUCCAGUAGGGAAUAUUCCAAAGCUUAUUCCCCAAAAAUCUGCACACGACACGGAGCGAUCUCCUGCCAGAAAGCUCGCGGCAACAAAAUCUAAGCCACCUUCCGAUCGCAGCCAGCACCUUGUAAUAUUCCCUCGGCAUCUUCUUCUUCCCCGCCUCCCUAUAAAUUCCGUUAGCCAACCAUGCCUUCCCCGUGUAGCAAGCGCCCCCAGCCCUUCUGCAACCCUAAUCCAGCUGCAUUUUCUCUCCCAUGGCCGCCGCCGUCGUCGUAGUGUUCGACUUCGACAAGACCAUCAUCGACUGCGACAGCGACAACUGGGUCAUCGACGAACUCGGCGGCACGCAGCGCUUCGACCAGCUUCUCGAGACCCUGCCAUGGAACACUGCGAUGGAUACAAUCAUGAGGGAGUUCCAUGCACAAGGAAGAACAAUCGAGGAAAUCGCAGAGAGAUUGAAGAAUGCUCCUCUGCCGGCAGAGACCGUCGCCGCUAUCAAAUCAGCUUACUCUUUCGGAUGCGAUUUGAGGAUAGUGAGCGAUGCCAAUAGAUUCUUCAUCGAGACCAUUCUGAAGCACCACGGUCUGACGGGCUACUUCUCGGAGAUCAACACGAACCCUGGGUACGUGGACGAGGAAGGGAGGCUGAGAAUCUUCCCUUAUCACGACUUCAGUAGCUCUUCCCAUGGCUGCAGUCUCUGCCCUCCCAACAUGUGCAAGAGCAAAAUAGUCGAGAGAAUUCAAGCGUCGACGGCUCUUGCGGAGGGGAAGAAGCGCAUCGUCUACCUGGGAGACGGGAAGGGGGAUUACUGUCCUUCGCUCCGGCUCGGCGCGCAGGAUUUUGUGAUGCCGAGGAAGAACUUCCCGCUGUGGGAGCUCGUCGCCGAGAACCCUCACGCUCUCAGAGCAGAGAUCCACGAGUGGAGCGAUGCGGAGGAGCAGGAGAGGGUGUUGCUCCGGAUCGUCGAUGGGCUGGUGUCGGCCGAGCGCCGAAACGCUGGCCACUUGGUUUCGGCGGACUGCAAGUUGCAGAGUCUGCCGCCAUUGGCUUCGCCGGUUCUUCGCGUUCCCAACUAGGGCAUGCGUAGAUAUUGAAGAAAGAUAGAGAAAAAAAAAAAGACGGAAGAACAGAACUGGGUUGGGCUCGCUGCUGCAUAUUUGUUUUUUCUUUCGUUUUUAUAUAUUUCAGUCAAUCGACUGUGGCACUCAAAUGAACAUGUUUGUUCGAUAAGAUUACAUUGACAAGAUUUCGACUGAGAAAGUGCCGUAGAAACUAAAUAAAUACUUUUAUUUCCUCUAAAUUGUUAAAUCUCGAACGUAUCACAGUCAAAAACGAAAUCAAUUCGCUCUUGGCUGAUGUCGCACA